CGUAACAUGACCCGGAUGCCGUUUUGAUAGCCUCAGGGGGCGUUUCCAAUACGUCACGGUGUAAACAGAACUGGACGUGAACUGGGACAUUUAAACCGUUAGCUGUCAUAGGGACCAGCCGGGAUAUUGCGCUGAAGCUAUUUAUGAAACUGUCUGGCACUGCAAGCUAUGCAGUAUGUCUCCAAGUGGAACCCAAACUCACACCAUUUCAGUGAAGGAAGCUCCACCCUGAUCCUAGUCAAAGAGCAUUUUGGCAGGAACUUUGCUGAAAGCCUGCCCAUGGAAAUGAGCUUGAAGAUCUUUAGCAAACUGGACAUCAGGAGCCUGUGCAGUGCUGCAAUAACGUGCAAACUGUGGAACCGCAUUAUUGAAAAUAGCGACUAUCUGUGGAGGACACACUGUCUGACUGUGCGGGGUGUCUGUCAGAGAGAGGUGGACGGGGACAGAGGGAGUGGCCUUUCCUGGAAGGUUACUCUAGUACGAAAUUAUCGGAAGGGGUAUGUGAAGAGAGAGUGGCUGAGAGGCAGAUUUAGCAACAUUCGCUGUGUGGAGGAUCUCCCUGACCGAAGCAUGUGUGUCCUGGAUGCAGAAAGCUGGGUAACAUACAUGAAGUGUGGUGAAGUCCAAGGAGCAGAUUGUUCCAUUUGGAGGUGGGGGUUUUGAACCUACUGUAUCCAAAAUCAUCUGCUGUACAUGGAGUCACGACUCACACAGGACUAUGUCUAGAUUUAAAUCUACGAAGAGAAAGGCAGCUUGGCUUUGAUAAACCUUGAAAAAUGAAUGGAUUGUUAUUGUCUUUGAAUCUAUUGGUAUGCUUCACACAGGGGACCAAUCGGGGGGGGAUUCUCUUCAAAUGGCACCACUGUAUCCCCUGCCUCGUGAAUAUGUGACUAAAUCACCCAGACCUUAGUUACUGACUGACAAACACUGCUGAUGUGAAUGGGUAGACGUGUAGCUUGUAUAUACUGGUUAAUGGUGCAAUUUUUACGUUAAAUACAGAUUGUUUAUGGUAAGCAUUGAAUUCCAGAAAGUCUUAACUGCUGCUGAUACAAAUCAGCCUGUGUUUGUAUGACAAAUAAAACGUUUCAGGAAAAAAGUUCUUGUAACUCUGCAACUUGUGUUUCGCAAAGAAGGAAGUGUUUGCUUGUUCCUCAUUUUAUUAAGCUUCUUUUAAGACUAGAAAUAUAAAUAUGCAAAACUGUCAGAUCCUUAUACUACAAGCAUGAUGU